ACCUCGUGAAAGUCUCAAUACAUAGACAGCCAAACGCGUGGGCGCGUGUCUAUUUCAAUACGGAGAAAUGAAAAUCAAUUAGACCGGCGGUUCAAAUCUGCUUUGCAACGUAGAAAAAUGAUCGGAACCGGGAAGAUUAAGCAGUAUGCCAACGUCCUCGACAAGCCCCUCGGCAAGGGAAAACAAGAGGUUAGCUUAAGUGCGUUUGCUUUCUUGUUUUCGGAGCUUGUUCAGUACAAUCAAACAGAGGUUGAUAACAUUUCUGAAUUAGAAACAAGGCUGGAGGAUGCGGGUUACGCUGUUGGGGCUCGAGUUCUGGAACUUUUAUGUCAUAGGGAUAAGGGAAAUAGAAGAGAGACCCGAUUGUUGGGUAUUUUAUCUUUUGUGCACAGCACCGUGUGGAAGGUGUUAUUUGGAAAGGUGGCUGACUCACUUGAGAAGGGCACUGAACAGGAAGAUGAGUACAUGAUUAGUGAGAAGGAACUCCUAGUGAACAGGUUUAUUUCAAUUCCAAAAGACAUGGGGACAUUUCAUUGUGGGGCAUUUGUUGCCGGGAUAGUGAAAGGUGUUUUGGAGAAUGCAGGAUUUCCAGCAGUUGUAACAGCUCAUUUUGUUCCUGUAGAGGGUCAGCAAAGACCUCGAACAACUAUUUUGAUAAAGUUUGCUGAAGAGGUAUUGCGGAGAGAAGCAAGGUUAGGUUGAUUCGUAUGCCCAGGUUAUCUUGGGUUGGCCAAUGUCCAUGUUGUGCAACAGUGGCAAGGAAGCAGUGAAUUUCAGGUGGUUCAUUGAUCUAAUGAAUAUUUCACCUGCCAAUCACACUGGCAAGUCUGAAUUUCCUUUCUUCGAUUAAUGCUUGUUGUGUAUUAUUCUUUGUGGCACAGUGGUUACUGGUAUGGUAUCAAGGAUUACUGCAACAAGUGCAGUUGAUGUAAAGUAACAAGUCAUCAUUACUGUUUAAGUUUUGUGUUAAUGUGGCUUCAAAUGGGUUAUUACCAAUGAGAAACAUUAGAAUUUGGAGUUUGGACUCCAAA